GACUCUGUCUCAAAAAAAAAAAAAAAAAUGAAUAUCAGAGAAGAUCUGAUCCUUUCAGAAACCUGAGAAAAGGAAGGCUUUCACACUGUUCACACUUUCCUGGCCUAGUUAUGACUUAACAGCUACCAGCUAAAUUGAGACCCCUACAGUAUUUUCAAGAAAUGGAAUUUUCAAAGCUGGUAAACCACCUAAGAAAAUUUGUUUUUUAUAAUGUGUCUUCUAACCAAUUUGUUAAAUGGUAAUCUAUUCAUUUGUGUAGGCAAAAAUCUAGAAAUGGAAUACCAGGGUCAUACAUCCAGUGAAUAUUAUUAUUUAAUAAAUGCCUACUCAGCAAGUUCAUCAUAAUUAUAAACUUCCAAUUUGACAUUUUUGCAUUCCAUGUACACCAAAAUAAAUGAUAGCAACUUACCCAAGAAUUGAAAACAUUGCAUUCUAUAAUGUCACAUCUGGGUCAGUCUAUCAUUUCAUGUCCUCAUAACUAGUCAUAACUAAUGAUAAUCAUAACUAAUCAUAAACAUAAACUGAACCAUUGAAAGGUUAUAAACUAACAAUGAAUUGAACUUGAUACCUAGAGCUAAAAAAUAAAUAGUGGAGUUACCGUUUGCCUGCCAAGGAGAGCUGUGGUUGUCAGGUAGUCUCCUCAGACAAAACAAAAGCUACUAUUUUAUAAACUUUUGGGAAUCUGAUGUUCAGGGAUUGGGGAUCAUGUUGAAAGACUGAUGGGCUUUCAGGUGCAUUAGUGUGAUCACAACAGUUGACAAAUUGACUCAUAUAAAUAGGGUUACCAACACAAGGCACUUGCUGAUUGGCUGUUGCCAAGCAGCCUGGGACUGUCACUGAAUGCUAAUUGGCUCUCUUUGGGACUGGGUCUUACCAGUCCUAAAGAAGAAUUUUAGAAGUUUGGUCUAACAAUGAUUUGCUAAAUUUCAGAAAGUUUGUUACUGGAGUGAAGGUGUAGCUGAAUAGCUAGAUUUCCAAGCUUAUGUACCCAUCCCAAAUUAACUCUAAUUAACAGUGGUUACUCAUUCAUGACUUUGAAUUUAGGCCAGAGAAAAGUCUUUUCCUUACUUGAACGUGAAAAAUAAAUAGUUUAAUUUUCAAUCCCUGUUUCUGGUGUCCCAACGUCAAGCUUGCAGGACCAGAUGUAUUGCCUAAAUUUUUAUUUGUGAGGAUGUGAUUUUUAGCUAGUGUUGCCACUAAGUGAUUUAAUUGCCAAUUAUAGUGUAAGAAAAAUAGCUGUAACUGCUGACUUUUUGUAAUGUCUUGUAAAAAGCUGAAUACAGGCUUUCUGACAAGUCAAUAUAGGAUACAGGAAAAAUUAUUAAAUACAGGACGUGUCCUUGAACUGUUCCUGGGCCAUAAUUUAUAAAAGUUAGUUAGUAACAAUACAGGUCAAUGCCACUGAAAGAAAAGUUUAAUGUUGCUCAACUGUUCCCCUGGAAAUGAGAGGCACUGAAUACCACACAGGUCACAAGAAACUCUGUCUCAUGCAGGAACCAGGAAUCAGAGAAGAGAGUAAUUGGGACUAUGUCUUUAUAACUAAAGUGGCAGGGAGUAACUGGGUGAGGACAUCCCCAUGGGUGGGAAGGGGAAAUACACUUAUUAAGAUUUGUGUUUGUGAGGGUUUUAUAUUAGUUUCAUGCAUCUAAGUGACUCGCAAGAAAGAGAAGUAAAAAACUUCGGCUGUUAGUUUCACCCGGUGAUUAAUUAAUAUGAAAUAGACAAAUACAGAAUCUAAGAAAACAGAGAACAGUCCUAUAUACACAUUGCAGCUGGCAACCCGAUUUCCAAUUUGUCCCAUGCACCUACUAUGGAUCUGAAAGCCAGUACAUACAUGCUCACUGACGAUGUGGUAGAACAGUAAAUACUUAUCACCACAAAGCUUCCCUACUGAUUUUUGUCUUUGUGGCAAGUCUUUCCAUUUAUCAUCUCUACUUAUCCCUCCAAGCAGUUAAUGAACAAUGUUUUCAAAUAUGAAAAAAGAAUUACAGUUUGGAGUCAGAAGAACAGUGUGUCCAAACUUCCAGCACAGCCACAGGCUCAGCUUACUUCUCUGACUUCUGACUUCACUGUGUCUCCCUUAACUUUACUGAGAUCUUACCGUUUUCUCCCUACAUGUGACAGAUAGGGUUAGAGAGUUAUGUCAACCACUCUCAAAAAAUAACUACAUAAUCAUUAUUAAUAUAUUUCAGUAAUUUCCAUUUCACAAGUGUUUUUCACAGAUAAAUGUCUUUUCUUUCUUCUUCUUUUUUUUUUUUUAUUAAUAUGUCCUGGUAUUAUUUCACAGAUAAUUUCAGCUCCCUGUGCAGACACUUGUAAAAUGCAGGUGAAUGCUAAAUCACUUCUCAGCAAGAAGAUAAAUCAUGGAACUCCACACCUUUUCUUGGGGAUAAGAAGCCCUCUUUGCAGGUGUGCUUCAGCUAUGAAAAUGGCAGGCAGUGUUCUCUCAGGAAAUGGUAUAUGAUCAGUCAUUCUUAUUUUCGGGUGCACUUGAGAUUCCUAAAGUAAAUGUAAAAUAUCUUAGAUGUGGAGUAAUAUUAUUUGAAUGAACAUGUUGCUGUCUCGGUAGGGCCACGAUCACUGACCAUACAGCCAGGAAAGAUGUGCCUCUUGAGACCAGAGGCGCAGCUUCACCCUUUCAACAUACUUCAAUACCUUCUGUCAUCCUUCCGGCAAGUUCCCCAUAGCCCUGUCUAUAGUCUGUCUUUCUUCUCCUGGGCCAGAAAUAUUAAAGCUUAUUAAACAAACUCCAAAGCUUAACUGUAUGUGAAAAGCAACAAGAUAGCUGACAGGUAUGAGUAGACAUAUAGUACUUCUAUGAUAUGGUAUGUCCCUUUGGAUGGGUAGCCUCUGAAAACUCGGUGUGCUUCACAGAGUCUGAAAUAAUGGGUCUCUAACAUUUCUCUGAGGAUCCUUAGAUUGCAAUCCAAGAAAACCUGGGUACGUCGCCAUGAAGAGCAUAUCAUGCCCAUCCUGCCUUGGCGUCCCGGAACUGCAUUUCCCAGCGUCCCUAACGUUGCCUCGGGGCCUUUCUCUAGGAGCGAUCAAGUCUCUAAGACGGCCGGAAGAAGAGUGGAAACUUCAUAACCCAGAAGACCCUGCGGCCCACGGUGGCACGACCACGCCACCGAAGGGACGUAUAAGCGUGUGCGCAUCACAUGAGGGCGGGACUUCCGGCGUGUGACUGGCGUUGGUCAUUUUUGUAGCUCUCUGGGGUUUUCUUGGCUCAGGCCUGUGGAGCUCUGGAACGUCACCGAGGUGACGGAGCGGAAAACCGCGAGAAGCAUCUUAGUUCGCACUGCACGGAGGCGGGCGUGAGGCUCAACUGGCAGAUGCUCGAGACGGCCGUGUCCUUGUACCCCUGUCACCGCCGUUCCUGGCCCCUGUCUUCCCGAGCUCGCUUGGCAAUGAGCUCGACUCAGGGCUGUGUGGUCUUUGAGGACGUGGCCAUAUAUUUCUCCCAGGAGGAGUGGGAGCACCUUGAUGAGGCUCAGAGAUCACUGUACCGAGAUGUAAUGCUGGAGAACAUGGCACUUUUGUCCUCACUGGGUUAUUGCCAUGGGGCUGAGGAUGUGGAGGUGCCUUCUGAGCAAGGUGUUUCUGUAGGAAUGUCACAAGUCACAACUCCAAAGGCCCUUCUGUCCACCAAGAAGACCCAGCCCUGUGAGACAUGUAGCUCACUUCUGAAAGACAUACUGCACCUGGCUAAUUAUGAUGAAACACAUCCUGAGCAGGGGCUGGAAACAUGUAUAGCAAAUCUUCACCAGCACCCAAAACAGGAACUUAGAGAGAAAUUCUCCAAAGGAGAUAAAAGGAGCCUUUCAUUUAUGAAGAACUGGAGAGUUCAUAUGGCAGAGAGGACUUUCCCAUGCAGUGAAUGUGGGAAAGCCUUCACCCACAAACAUAAACUUGUUGACCAUGAGAAAAUUCACACUGAAGAAAGACCUUAUAAAUGCAGCAAAUGUGGGAUAUUGUUUAUGGAAAAGUCAACACUCAAUAGACAUCAGAAAGUUCAUACUGGAGAAAGGCCUUAUGCAUGCAGUGAAUGUGGGAAGGCCUUCCUUUGUAAGUCCCACCUUGUUCGUCACCAGACAAUCCACUCUGGAGAAAGGCCUUAUGAAUGCAGUGAAUGUGGAAAAUUGUUUAUGUGGAGUUCCACACUCAUUACACAUCAGAGAGUCCACACUGGAAAAAGACCUUAUGGUUGUAACAAAUGUGGAAAGUUCUUUAAGUGCAACUCCAACCUCUUUAGGCAUUAUAGAAUUCAUACAGGAAAAAGGGCUUAUGGUUGCAGUGAAUGUGGGAAAUUCUUUAUGGAAAGGUCUACACUCAAUAGACAUCAGAGAGUUCACACUGGAGAAAGGCCUUAUGAGUGCAGUGAAUGUGGGAAAUUCUUUAGCCUGAAAUCUGUCCUCAUUCAACACCAAAGAGUUCACACUGGAGAAAGGCCUUAUGAAUGUAGUAAAUGUGGGAAGGCCUUCCUUACAAAGUCCCACCUCAUUUGUCACCAGACAAUUCACACUGCAGCAAAGCAGUGCGGUGAAUGUGGGAAAUUCUUUAGGUAUAACUCCACACUCAGUAGACAUCAGAAAGUUCACACUGGAUAAAGCCCUUACAAAUGCAGGAAAUGUUGGAAACCCUUUAACUGUAAAGAUAUUCUGGUUGGAUGUCAGGCACUCUGCACUGGAGAAAGACAGUGAAUGUGAGUAAUCAUUUAGGCACAGCUCCACACUACUAUACAUCAGAGAAUUCACAUUGCAGAAAUAUAUGUUCAGCAAACUUGGGAAGUUAUUUUGGUUCAACUCUGGUCUUAUUAAACACUGGGGCUGGGCACGGUGGUUCAUGCCUUUAAUCCUAGCACUCUGGGAGGCCGAGCCGGGCGGAUUGCUUGAAGU